AUGGGUGAUCUACUACCGAGUAUACCGAAGAGCACACUCUCCAGCGAGUUGGACGGGUACAAUUGGAGCGUGGUCGGCCUGGACGAGUACGGCGACGACGAUGAGCUGGCCGCAGUGGAGCUUUUCAAGGACUACCCGGAGGGCUUGCUGCGUUUCGCCUCCGUCUGCUGCGUGCUGUUCAUGCUGGUCGGCAUACCCGGCAAUUUGAUCACGAUUAUUGCCCUGGCGCGAUGCAAAAAGGUACGCAAUGCAACGGCAGUGUUUAUUAUGAACUUGUCGUGUUCCGAUCUGCUGUUUUGCUGCUUCAAUCUGCCACUGGCCGCGUCGACCUUCUGGCGGCGCUCGUGGGCGCAUGGACGCACGCUAUGCCGCAUGUUUCCUCUUGCAAGAUACGCCCUAGUGGCCGUGUCCCUAUUUACAGUUCUGGCCAUCACGAUAAACCGAUACGUCAUGAUUUCCCAUCCAAGGCUAUAUCCAAAGCUCUACAAGCGUCAGUACUUAGCUGUAAUGGUCGCCAGCACGUGGAUAUUUUCCUUCGGAGCGUUAAUAGCGACGUGGCUAGAGAAGUGGGGCCGUUUCGGACUGGACCAGUCGAUAGGCUCCUGUUCCAUCCUCCCCGAUCGUAACCAUCGUUCGCCCAAAGAGUUCCUCUUUGUAGGAGCGUUCAUGCUCCCUUGUCUGGCAAUAGUCAUAUGCUACGCUAGAAUUUUCUGUAUCGUGAGGAAAGCCGCAAAAAGAUCACGAGCUCCAGCGAGAGGUAGACCAAGGGCUGUACCGGGACUGGAAGACUCGGCUAUGGGCUCAGCUUCUACUGCUCUUGAGCGUUCUCCGGGUCCCGAAAAUGGAGUAAACCACGCAGUCCCCCCUCGGAGGGCUUUGCUAGCGCCACCGGCCUUGCAUUACCCCCCUACUCCAGGCCCUGAACGAUCCUCAUCAUCAGGGGUCGACACGCUUGACGGACAUGACGAGGAAUGCACUCUCGAAGGGAAACCCCGAACGCCGAGUGGCGGUGAAACCGCCAAAAGACUACGGCAAGCGGCAGUGGUUUUAAAACGUUCCCCAGCACCAGUUCGACCGCCUCGGUUGACGCCAAAAGACAGGAAGCUGCUCAAGAUGAUCAUGGCGAUCAUGCUCUCUUUCUGGGUCUGCUACUUACCCAUAACGUUGACGAAACUAUUUCGCGAGUUCACCUCGCACCCCGCCGCAAAUAUUGCCGGUUCGUCAGUGGACGUCUUACCGCGUAAUUUAUCUGUGUUGAACUAUAAUGGAACUGAUGAAGAAUUGUCGGCUGUUAUACUAUUCCAAAACUAUCCGGAUGGUAUUCUGAACUUCGCAGCGAUAUGCUGCCUGCUGUUUAUGUGUAUCGGGAUCCCGGGAAACCUGGUUACCAUCAUAGCGCUUGCAAGAUAUGAAAAAGUCCGCAACGCGACCGCGCUAUCGAUCAUGAACCUCUCGUGCUCCGACCUGCUGUUCUGCUGCUUCAACCUGCCACUGGCUGCGUCGACGUUCGCGCAUCGCUCGUGGAGGCACGGCCGCGUCCUGUGCCACAUGUUCCCCUACCUGCGCUACUCGCUCGUCGCGGUCUCCCUGUUCACCGUUCUGACGAUCACGAUCAACAGAUACGUCAUGAUCUCGCACCCGAAGCUCUACCCGAAGUUGUACAGGGGGCGAUAUCUGGCGCUGAUGCUGUUGUGCACGUGGGCCUUCCCGUUCGGCACACUUACAUUCACGUGGCUGGGGAAAUGGGGCCGCUUUGGGCUGGACACGCACGCAGGCUCCUGCAGCAUACUGCCCGACGACAACAGCAGGUCGCCGAAGAGAUUCCUGUUCCUGGUCGCGUUCACGCUGCCGCUACUGGCGAUAAUUCUGUGCUACGCGCGCAUCUUUUAUAUAGUGAAGAAGGCGACGCGCGCCUCCGGUGGCGCUGUCAUCCGGAGGACCAUAAAAAUGGGCCAGGAGGACUCUUCUUCGGUCACAGAGAGACAGUCCAGAACGGAGCUGUCCAAUAACUACGUACCUCUAGCACGGAACGCCGUGGCGCGGCAAAAUUUGAACGAAACCCCCGCCAACUCCAUGCAGAGCGUCCGCUUCGAAGGCAGCGUCGCCGCGAAUAGCUACAGUGACGGUCUGCGCAUCGACAAAAACAAAUCGGCCCCGAGUUUCCGACGAACGGUGCUAAGGAAAUCCUUGGCGCUGGUCAAACUCUCCCUUCCCACGAGGAAGGAUAGGAAGUUGGGAACAAUGAUAAUGGCAAUCAUGAUAUCCUUCUGCAUGUGUCAUUUGCCCAUUACGGUGACGAAAAUGCUGCACGAUUACACUUCCCAUCCCAUAGCUAACAUCGCUGGGUAUAUUCUCCUCUACAUGUCGACGUGCAUUAACCCCGUCAUAUACGUUGUCAUGUCCAGUGAAUACAGAAAAGCGUACAGAAAUCUGUUUAAGUGUCGA